GACGUCACUAGUCCGCGCCGCCGCACUUUUUGACGCGACUGUGACCCGCCUGCCGGAAGCCGGGUGACUGACCAUGGCGACGGUGGCGGAGCAGUGGGUGCUGGUGGAGAUGGUGCAGGCGCUGUACGAGGCUCCAGCAUACCAUCUCAUUCUGGAAGGAAUUCUAAUACUUUGGAUAAUCAGACUGGUUUUCUCUAAAACCUAUAAGUUGCAGGAGCGUUCUGACCUUACAGCUAAGGAAAAGGAAGAACUGAUUGAAGAGUGGCAGCCAGAACCUCUCGUCCCUCCUGUCUCAAAACACCAUCCUGCUCUCAACUACAACAUCGUUUCCGGCCCUCCAACCCACAACAUUGUGGUCAAUGGAAAAGAAUGUGUAAACUUUGCGUCCUUUAAUUUUCUUGGGUUGCUGGCCAACCCUCGGGUUAAGGCCGCAGCUUUAGCGUCUUUAAAGAAGUACGGCGUGGGUACCUGUGGACCACGAGGAUUUUAUGGCACGUUUGAUGUCCAUCUAGAUUUGGAAGAGCGCCUUGCAAAAUUUAUGAGGACCGAAGAAGCCAUCAUUUACUCGUAUGGAUUUUCCACCAUAGCCAGUGCCAUUCCUGCGUACUCUAAAAGAGGGGACAUUGUUUUCGUGGACAGUGCGGCCUGCUUUGCUAUCCAGAAAGGAUUACAGGCGUCACGCAGUGACAUUAAGUUGUUUAAGCAUAAUGAUGUAGCUGACCUGGAGCGACUGCUAAAAGAACAAGAGAUUGAAGAUCAAAAGAAUCCUCGGAAGGCCCGUGUGACGCGGCGUUUCAUUGUCGUGGAAGGAUUGUAUAUGAACACCGGAACCAUCUGUCCUCUUCCGGAACUGGUUAAGUUAAAAUACAAAUAUAAAGCAAGAAUCUUUCUGGAGGAAAGCCUUUCAUUUGGAGUCCUUGGGGAGCACGGGCGCGGAGUCACGGAGCACUAUGGGAUCAGCAUUGACGACAUUGACCUGAUCAGCGCUAACAUGGAAAAUGCUCUCGCAUCUGUCGGGGGCUUCUGCUGUGGCAGGUCUUUCGUGGUUGACCAUCAGCGGCUCUCUGGCCAAGGAUACUGCUUUUCAGCGUCAUUGCCUCCCCUACUAGCUUCUGCCGCCAUCGAGGCCCUCAACAUCAUGGAGGAGAAUCCAGGCAUUUUUGCAGUUUUAAAGAAGAAAUGCCAACACAUCCAUGAAUCUCUACAAGGCAUUUCUGGUUUAAAAGUGGUGGGGGAGCCCCUGUCCCCAGCACUUCACCUCCAGCUGGAAGAGAGCACUGGGUCUCGGGAGAAGGACGUGAAGCUGCUUCAGGAAAUCAUAGUUCAAUGCAUGAACAAGGGCAUCGCGUUGACUCAGGCACGCUACUUGGACAAGGACGAGAAAUGCCUUCCUCCUCCAAGCAUCAGAGUUGUGGUCACAGUGGAGCAGACAGAGGAAGAGCUGGAGAGGGCUGCGUCCACCAUCAGGGAGGCUGCCCAGGCUGUGCUGCUGUAGGCUGCAGCCCCAUGCUUCCUGCCACAUCGCCUGCAGGCAGAACUGCUUGGAGACCUCCAGUGGAUUGCUGCCCCGUGGUGCAGCUGUGGCUUUAGUACACAGCCUUAAUCAAUGGAUGGAUUUGUUUGUAAUGCAGGAGCUGACUGUAGAGGAAGGCAGAAGACAACGUGUAACUGUACAGUGUGCCAUUUGGUCUGUUUGGAUGCUUUACUCUCUGUCAUGUAUAUUUGUUUAAACUGGAGCUUCAGUUUUCCUCCUCCCGCCUGUGGUAAUGAUUUGAUAAACACUCCUUCGUAUUUCAUAGAAAAGGACGUAGCAUCUAAGAGGAACUCGGCGGGUAUCACAGUUACUGUGGGAGAGGGAAUCCGCUGAAUCUUCCCAAGUCCCUCAGUGGUGACUGCUUGCGGAGAACACUUCCUGCGAGUUAGAAAUUUCAUAUAAUGUAUUUAAUUUGAGAACCUUCUAUGCACUAGUUAUUGAUGUUAUCGUUUCUGAGCUUCACUAACUGAAAAUAUUCAUAGUGCUUCCUAAGCAAUAAUCUGAAUUGAACAUUUGUUUAUUUUUGUGUAAUUGACUUUAUAUUUUUAAUAUUUUCUCGUCAGUCUUGGGAAGAGGAUUAUUCUGGUCCCCAAAUAUGAAUCAUGCCCUGGGCAUUUUUGAAUAUGUCAGAUGUCUGUUUCAUGGUGAUUUUGUCCAGGAGCACAGAACCGUGGGCUUUUCCUAAGCUGAGGAAAAUAAGAACUUCUUUCAUCCUAUAAAGUCCAGAUGCCUCAGAAAAACAGGGAUGCUCUGAAGGUGACUUCCGAGCUGCACACUGGCAGCUGUUCUCCUUGGCGAACAUGCUGAGUGUGCCACGGAGCGUGUGCGUGGAAGGCCGGAGCGUGUGUGUGGAAGGCUGGAGCGUGUGCGUGGAAGGCCGUCAUUCCUUCUCUUGUUGCACAGACAGAGGAAUCAGGUCGUUUAAAUGUCAUUUUAUGAUGUGCAUCCAUGUUAACGGUGGAUCGGCAUCUGUUUAAGUGAUCUGUGACAUUUUGAAUGUUUCUAUUUCAUACGUGCCUUGUGAUUGCUGCUGCUGUGAGGGUACGGUCCUGUCGGGGAUGGGUCUGCUCUGUUUGGUUUUUAGUGAAAUAAACCUCCAAGAGCCUA